AUGAAACCUUGCCCUCCCGAGUUCGAAAGGAGGAUACAGAGCAGUACAUCCGCUGCAAGAAGUGGUUGCUGUGGCAGCUUUGUGUGGCUUGCGGACAAUGAUGCAGCCUCUAACAGCGUGCUUUUGACUUGGUGGAAGUUCUCGGGCGAGAGGGGCGGAGCUUCUGCUUCAGACACGAUUUGCCUUCGUGGAAGGAGCAUGGACAACCUGCGAGUUCUCGUGAUCUACGAGGGUUCUGAGUUUGGAUCUGAAGCACCUCAAUACUCCAUGGCUGUGGCUUAUCAGGAUGGACUCGCAAUCUACAGGCUGAACUCGUCAUCAAAUGUGGAUUUUCGGGUGUGGGAGGAUCUUGGACUUGUUGCUGGAGAAGGGACUGCGCUUUGCUCCUUACAAGACUAUAUCAUCGGUUGUAACACACCUGGUGAGUUGUUCGUGUUCAAGGACGAAGGAAUGCAACAGUCUCUUGAAGCUGGGCUUGAAGUGUUCCAGCAGGGUGCGCUCUAUCAGCGGUUGUUGGCACCUGUUGGGAAGUGGUGGCAAGGAGACACUGGUGUGUCGUACGUGAAGUCUAUCAUUGCCCACAAGAUCAGCACGAUAACCGGCGAGGCAAAGUCUUCUUCGGGCUCUAACUUCCUUGUCUUCGUGUUGACUGAGCAUGAGGUGUACAAGUGGGUGUUGUCAGUGAGCGAGAGCGAAGAUCGAUCAUGCGUCGUCUCUCAAAAGCCCAUCUGCAAGUCAAAGUCGGCGAUGAGCGGUGUGGCGAAGUUUGUGGACUUUGUAAUGGAAUAUUCUUAUGGGAGCAGCAACCGAUGGCAGGAGAGCUGUCUGCAGGUUCUUGCCUCGCAGGACGAUGAUAGGAAAGCUGUUUUCUUCCUGCAGCUGUCAGACUUAAAUCAACUUCGGCCUUGUCAGGUCUUGCCCUCAAACCCAAGAGUGGGAGGAGAUUUCAAGAUCCUUCCGCCCACAAUCUCUUUCGACCCGCCUGUCAUGAAUUUGCAUUUUGCCAGCAGCAAGCGACUACUGAGCGUGAGAUGCGGUAGCUUCCACAACGAGAAUCAGUACGAAGAUGAGACGGACUGGUGUCUAGGCCCCGACGAUGCAGUGAUGGCAUGGGGCACAUCCAUGUUGGAGAGGAAUCGCCACUCAGAUCUCAUCCUCCUGCUCCCGACAGCUAUUUGCUCCUUCCAAUCAUCUCAAGGUGAUCUCGGCCUGCAAGGAUCAGCUGGAAUCGUUCUCAAGAUGCUUCGUUCGGGCGCUGCAGACCAUCAAAUUCUACAGGAAACUGUACAACUGGUUCACAGUUCAAAUGAGGAGGAGAUAAAGAGCAGGAGCAGGUUAUCCGACUCUCGGGCGAUCUUCCUUGACCUUGUGCGGGAGGAAACGUUGGAUCCCAACCUGGAUCCUGACUCGGUGCUGGGAGAGAAGUGGAUGUACGUGCAGCACAUCGAAAACAAGAUCCGCGUGUUCAAAGAGUAUCGCACAAAAAUCAAGGAAAUUUUUCAAAACGGAGAAUUAGCCGGAAUUGUGGAUGGGCUCGAGCGUUACCACGACAGAAUGAAGGCCUGCUCUUUGUUGAUCUCCCUCCCCAGUCUGCUUCCCGGAUCGUCCUUCCUCUCCGAAGCCAUCGAGGCGACAGUUGAUGUCUGGGAAGGAGAGAACUCGCUUCGGCCUUGGGCUGUCUCAUGGCGCAAGUUCUGGGAGAAGAGUUCCAAGGUAGAGCACAUCCUCAAGGGGCUGACAAGCAAGAUGGCGCAACGCCUUUCCUCUUUCUCACAGUCUCCUCAGCCCGAGCAGUGGCGUGAGAUCAUUGCCAUGGUGCUGGAGGCUGCUACCGUCUGCCAGCAGCUCUUCAGUUCCCUCCUGCGUGAGGGCUCGUCUGUCAUGAUCGAUGCCGAUCUGAGCGAGGAACUGGACCAGCUGCUGGUUCCGCACAUGCUCAAUGUCGACUCACUGACAGAUCUUUCUCAGCUCAUCAAUAUGGUGACUGAGAUCUGUGUCAUUGCUCGGCGACAAGGCCAAGUGCACCAUGACAAGUAUUCAGCUGAGAAUUCUCUAGCUGACCUGCAAGUGCUUCACGUUCGUCUCAUGCAGUUGGUCAUGGAGUGGCCGUCCAUGAAAGCUCUCAUCUUCAAUGAGGCGAAUUUGAGCGCCCCCAUGAGGUUGGGGGUGAGGGUGAGGACAGGAGAGGUUCUGAGGGGGGCAUGCAGAUACGUCGACCUCUGGCACUUCAGCAACUUGGACAGACUCGAGCUACGCGUGAAAUUGGCUGAAGAGUUUGAAGCAAUCGACGUGCUGGUGACCAUCUCCCUCCAGGAGCUGACGGGUGAGAUUCUUGAACUACCUUGCUCCUACUCUCAUGCUCUCGUUGCAUCUCUCAACCCCCUUGCUACGCAUAGACUGCUUCCUGCCUUCAGUUCAAUCCUUCGCCUUGCUCGCUCGACUCUUGCUUUCGUCAUGAUCUCUGUUGAAUUUUUCUCAGGUGAGUCGGAAGCUAUCGUGAGGAGCAAACAGGAGCACUACAACGACAUCUGGGCUGAAAGGUUCAAGAGCAAGGAUUACGCAAAGAAAUUGUUGCAGAGGAUGAGAGAAAUGGAUGUGCGGCACCUAUGGAGCCCUCCCUUCCGCUCCUACGACUUCACUUCCGACCUCUCCGACUACCUGGGAGCAAGCGACAAUCUGUCUUGGGUCAACGCGUUGAGGAGCAAGGAGCACUAUGCUCAGCUGGGGAAGGGAUACUCGGACGAGCACAGUCUUGCCUACGCCAGUCAGCAGCUUCUCUCCAUGAGCCGCUUUGCUCAAGAUGCACAUCAAUCCUACAGCAUGCUGUCGCUCGCCAAACUCUCUGCAGAAGCCGCUCGCAGGCAUGCCGGCACCCUGGGCUUGAUGCCGGAGGAAGCCAAGAUUCUCUCAGGCAUGGGAGCGCGACUUGCUUCUUUCUCUUGCUCCCUCCCUUGUCUCCCUUGUUCUGUUUCACCGAACCCUUCCCUCCCUCCUCCUGACCUUGACGCAGCCCUCCACAACGCUCAAGUUCAGUUUAGACCCGAGGGAGUGCGCGUGGAGGAGCCGUCGUCGCUCUGGGAGUUGGAGAAGGUUCACUGCUCGUCUACCCUUGCGUCUGCUCACUGCCGCUGCCAGACCACCAGAGAGUGCAUCGAGUGUGCCAUGGAGGAGCGCAGCAAGGAGAGAAAGCACUUGCUGCUGCAGGACGCGAUGCUCCUGCUCGGUCACUGGCCUGCGGCUCCCGGCAGCUCAGAUGUCAGCGAGACGUGGAGGAGUCACUACAGGAAGCUGAUGCAGGCGGCGGAGGAGUUGAGCGAUGCUGGUCAGAGUUACCCGAAGCUUCUCGUGGAGAUGGCGCUAGGGACUAGUCGCGCAUCCUCCUCCUCCAUCCGCUGGCCUCAGGAUUCUCUGCAAUAUCGCCUGUUGCUAAGCGACUCUCGCGGCGGUUAA